UCGGCCAGCAACUGGUUUGGCAUUUUUACCUUUAAAUCUAGCUCAUUUCCAAGCAUAGGCUUAUAAUGUAUACAUUAUUAGGUAGAGAAAAAUAACAAUAAUUAAUAUAUAAUUCUCAAAGAGAUAAUUAUUUAAUAAGUGUUUACUAGACAUCAAGUCACAAAACGAUGUUAAGUAUCCUGAUGUCAAAUAUCCUAAAUGGCAUCCAUUUAGCCACGUAGAAGCAGAACGAAAAGUCGUCUGAAAAAGGGGAGACCAUUGUUUUGGGUUGUCCUUCCUUGGACGCAUGAAUUGUAUUCAACCUUUUCAACUGGACAAACGGGAAGAAAAUGUUUUGAAAAGAUUAUCGCUACUCUCUUCCAUGGGCUCUAGUGCAACAUCAUUUGAUUCUGUAUGUAAAUGGAAAACCACAAAGCAGCCGUUGCUGAGAUGGAGACAGCCAAUGGAGAAAACCAUCAACUAGACCUGAUACCGCAGUCCAAAGAGGAUGGUGCUGAUCCUGUGGAGAAUGAUGCUCAGCUACUGAAGAAAGGAGGGCAGGAGAAGCCGACAACAUCGAGGGAUGUUGUUAAUGGAUCGUUCAAAGCAGACGUGGUGCCUAAUGGAGAACGAGUGGCACGGGGCCCGGGGCCAGGUGCUGGAGGGGACGGCUAUCCAAAUGGCCCCCUGCCUCCUCCAUCGCCCCCUGCUGCUCAGGGCACCAGCCCCACCGUCAGCCCCCAUUCCAAAGAGCCAUCCCAAGGUGUGGCCGCUUUCCCACCACCCAUGCUAGAGAAGUCUGAGGGAACUAGUGCUGAGGGCCCUGUUCACAAGGGCGACGCAUUGCAGUCGCUCAGACUGAGUAUGCCUAUGCAGGAGACUGAAUUGUCUGUCAAAGAGCAAUCACUGGAGAUGGAGAAUGAGGAGAAGAUUCGCCAUGAUGCUCGGCGACGCCUGGAGGAGCAGCUCAAACAGUACAGGGUGCAGAGGCACAAGGAGACGUCCCACCGCUCUACCUUAAAGAGCCGCACUGGAUUCAGCACUCUGGACCCAGACCUCAUGAUGCACCCAGAGGCUCUCCCCCGGGCCAACACCACCUCCAUGACCACAGAGUACUCCUUCCUGCGGACCAGCGUCCCCCGGGGCCCAAAGCUGGGCAGCCUGGGCAUCCCCCCAGCCAAGGAGAGGAAGUCACGGUCAGCCCGCCCCAGCAAGAUCCACUCCCUGGCCGACUACAAGACUCCCGAGCCAGCAGGGGGCAGUAGUGGUGGAGGUGGGGUCAGAACUUCUGCAGACUCCUCCAUGGGCUCCUUGGGGUCCAACUUGAGCUCUGUGUCCACCCUGUCAGAGAGCAGCAUGAGGUCAGAGGUCAGCUCCAUGGAGACGACCUCUUCGGAGGCCCCGCUGAGGUCGUCAAUGUCUUUCCAGGACAUCUCGGAGGUGGACGCCAGCAGCGAGUCAGGGAUGGGGUCGAGGCCCGGUGGAGACGGGAACGACAGCGACAGCUCGACCUACAGCAGCGUGUCCACCUCCACCAGGGGCACUGGGACCUACGGCAUGCUGGCCGCAGCAGUGGGCAGGCAGAGGGGCGGGAACUACACAGUGGAGGGUAGGGAGAUUGCCCCAGAGGCUAUGGGAAACUUCCCCUCACUGCAAGAGGUUCUGCGGGCUGCCAGUGAUGAGCAGCACCUGCUGGAGUUGGAGCAGGACAGAGAGGGCACCGGAGAACCACGCAGCCGCAGGGACAGCUUCUCCAGCAGUGUGUCAUUAGAGAGCUCUGUGAUGGGACAUGAUGAAAUGCUCCAGGUUCUGAAGGAGAAGAUGAGACUGGAGGGUCAGCUAGAGUCUCUGUCUUCUGAGGCCAACCAGGCUCUGAAAGAGAAGACUGAGCUCCAGGCCCAGCUGGCUACAGUCAACGCCCAGCUGCGGGACCAGGUGGAGCAGGCCCAGGCCAGCCAGGAGAAACAGAGCUCCCUCAACAAGGAGGUCUCCACCCUGCGCCAGAGCUGCUCCCAGCUGGAGAGGGCCAUGGUGGAGCUGCAGGGCAACCUAGAGCGCAAGAACGCCGGCCUUUCCUCACUGGGCAAUGACCUGCAGGUGGCCGAGGAGCAGUACCAGAGGCUCAUGGGGAAAGUGGAGGAGAUGCAGCAGAACGUGACCUCCAGGGACAACGCUGUCCAACAGUUGCGUCAGCAGAUGGGUGGACUCCAGACUCAGCUCCAGCAGGUCCAACUAGAGCGCAGCACCCUGCAGAGCCGGCUGAAGACCUCCCAGGCCGAGAUUGACUCACUGCAGCAGGUCCGCCAAUGGUACCAGCAGCAGCUAGCGCUGGCACAGGAGGCUCGAGUACGGCUCCAGGGUGAAGUGUCCAACAUGCAGGCUUUGCAGAUGACCCAGAUUGGUGUCAUGGAGCACCUAAAGCUGGAGAAUGUGACUCUGUCCCACCAGCUGACAGAAACCCAGCAUCGCUCCAUCAAAGAGAAGGAGCGCAUCGCCGUACAGCUGCAGAGUAUUGAGACUGACAUGAUGACCCAGGAGGCUGCCUACCAGCAGAUCCAGGAUGCCAAGAACAUGGUGGAGGACGACCUCCAGCACAAGCUAGACGAGUUUGAGGAGGAGCGAGAGCACUUACACAAACUGGCCAACACAGCCAGCUCUCUGGAGAGGGAACUAGAGCAGAUGAAGUUGACCCUAUCGCAGAAGGACCUGCAGCUGGAGGCCCUCCAGAAAGACCACCUAGAGCUGAUGAGACAGCUGACAGCCACUCAGGAGAGCCUACACACCAAAGAGCAGUCCAUCAACCAGCUAGAGGCCCGCUACCUAGAGCUAGAGGCCACUCUGGCAGAGUUGCAGACAGAGACCAACACCAAAGACGAGAACAUCCAGUAUCUACAGAAUGAGAAGAUUGUGCUGGAGGUGGCCCUCCAGGCUGCCAGGGCUGACAAAAGUCAGCUGGACGAGGGGGCCGAGAGGCUGGGGGAGGAGGUGCUGGUGUCCUCGUACCUCCUGGAUCAGCUCAGGCAGGAGGUCCAGGUCAAAGCCUCACAGAUUGAAACUCUGCAGCAGGAAAAUGGCACCCUAAAGAAACAAGCUCAGAAAUUGAAAGAGCAGUUCACGCAGCAAAAGGUGAUGGUGGAGGCCUAUCGGCGGGACGCCGGCUCCAAGGAGCAGCUGAUCAGCGAGCUGAAGUCGACUAAGAAGCGUCUGGUGUCAGAGGUGAGGGGGCUGAAGCAGGAGCUGCUGGAGGCCCAGGGGCAGAAGCAGAAGGCUGAGCUGGAGCAGAGCCGGCUGCAGAAGGAGGUGGUCCGGGUCUCGCAGCAGAUGAACAGCCUGGAGAACCACCUGCAGUCCGUGCAGACCGAGAGGGAUCAGCUGGAGACACAGAUCCAGUCCCUGCAGUUUGACCAGAGUCAGCUAGCAACAGUGACAGAGGAGAAUGAGGGCCUGAAGAAACAGGUGGAGCAGAUGCAGUCGGAAGCCAAGAAGGCCAUCUCAGAGCAGAAGGUGAGAAUGAAGCGGCUGGGGACUGAUUUGACCAGCGCGCAGAAGGAGAUGAAGGCCAAGCACAAGGCCUAUGAGAACGCAGUGGGCAUCCUGAGUCGCAGGCUCCAGGAAGCCCUGGCAGACAAGGAGACCACAGAGGCAGAGCUGGUCAAAGUCAAGGCCCAGGUCUCAGACGGAGGCAACAACCAGGCCCUGCAGGAUAAAAUUGAGGUUCUGCAGAGUGAGCUCCAGGCUGUGAGCCACAGCAAGGCCAUGUUGGAGAAAGAGCUUCAGGAGGUAAUUUCCCUCACCAGCACUGAGCUGGAGGAGUACCAGGAGAAAGUAAUGGAGCUUGAGGAUGAGCUGCAGGAGGCACGAUGCUUCAAAAGGCGGAUUAGGAGGCUGGAAGACACCAACAAGAAGCUAUCCUUGGAGCUGGAACAUGAGAAAGGGAAGUUGACAGGACUAGGGCAGUCCCACAAUGCACUGCGGGAGCAUUCCAAUAUUCUGGAGACCGCCCUAGCCAAGAGAGAGGCAGACCUGGUCCAGCUCAACCUCCAGGUGCAAGCCGUACUAAAACGCAAAGAGGAGGAAGACCAGCAGAUGAAACAGCUGGUCCAGACACUACAGGUCGCCUUGGAGAAGGAAAAGACCAAAGUCAAGGACCUGAAAGAGCAGGUGGCAGCAGCCAAGGCGGAGGCUGCCCACAACAGGCGGCACUACCGGGCAGCCAUGCUGGAGCUGUGUGAGAUCAAGAAGGACCUACAGGCCAAGGAGGAGCUGGUCAAAGCCCUGCACAGCGAGGCACACAAACUACAGGCUCAGGAUGAGAAACACUCUCAGGAGGUCUCCAGGUUCCAGGAGGAGCUGUCAGAGGCCCACUCCCAACUCCAGAUCCUUCAGAAACAGCUGGAUGAGCAGUUCAGCAAGCAGCCUCUCACCAACCAGGAGGUGGAGGAUUUGAAGUGGGAGGUGGAGCAGAGGCAGAGGGAAAUCGAGGCCCAGAGACAGCAGCUGGAGAUGGUGGAGCAGUGCAGCCAGAGGGAGCUGGACAGCCUGCAGACAGCUCUACAGGGGAUUAAGGUAGAGCUGGAGUCUGUGCAGGAGGAGCUCAGCAGCACCAGGAAAGAUAAGUUCAUGCUGCAGGCCAAGGUGGGGGAGCUGAGGAACAGCAUGAAGACUGUCCUGCUGCAGAACCAGCAGCUCAAACUGGACCUCAAACAAAACCGCCUCCGGAAGCAGAGGAUGGAGCCAUCGAACCCAGUGACCCCGGUGAAGAUCCCAGACUGCCCUGUGCCUGCCUCCCUGCUGGAUGAGCUGCUCAAGCCCUCUGCCUCCGUCAGCAAGGAGCCCCUCAAUAACCUGCACAACUGUCUGCGCCAGCUCAAGCAUGAGAUGGACAGCCUUCAGAAGCAGAUGGAGGAGCACACAGUCACUGUGCACGAGUCCAUGACGUCAUGGACUAACGCAGAGGAAGAACUUGCUCGACUGGGGGUGCCGCUGGACAAUGACUCCGCAACAUCCACCCAUCUAAACCAUGUGGACAGUAACAGAGGAGGAGGAGCGGAGGAGACACAGCCAUUGUAAUGCAGCACCUUCUCAGGCAGACAGAGUGGAGUUUUAUCCACAAGGCCACUUAUUUUUUACCUCCCUACCUAACCAUUUCCCACCUAUUUCUUAUCAAUUGCUGCCAACAUUUGGCAUUAUUAUCCCAUUAGCACAGACAAUGCUUGGGUAAAGUAAUUUGUACUUAUACCAUAGCUUUACUCUUUAUUUGGGCUUUCCCUGUCUAUAUUUCUGUUAUGGCUGUCAUAUUUAUUUAUUUAAAAUUCAGGAAUUACAAGAUUGAAUCUUAAAUAACAUUGACAACUCUGUUAGGGGAUUCCUCCGGUCUUCUGCUUUGAAGUCAUAGACCCCAUGUAAGACCUAUUCUCUUCUGUCUCUCAAACAAUCCAAAUUUGCCAUGGCAACUGACCCUUACCCCAGUUUAAUUAUGGUAGAGAUUUGUUUGCGCAUACUGGUACUUUCUCAUGCUCUAGUUAGAUAAGUGAGACAGUUUAAAGCCUGCAUAAAGUGUCUGCCAUUGUUGUUAUAAGCUAUAUUGUUAGUAACGCAUACUACAGACCCCUCUGAACUGUUUUCCUGUGCCUGUGAAUGAGAGCCGGUUCGUAAACAUGAAUUCCAAAUCAAUCCCUUAUCUCCCCACGUAGACACUCCUGAAGAUCUGAAAUGAUUGGAUGAAUGCUUUUUAAAAUUAUUGAACCUUUAUUUAACUAGGCAAGUCAGUUAAGAACAACUUCUUAUUUACAAUGACAGCCUACACCGUCCAAACCCGGAUGACACUGAGCCAAUUGUGCGCGCCCUAUGGGACUCCCAAUCGCGGCUGGUUGUGAUGCAGCCUGGAUGGUUACUGUGAACCAUACUACACACAUUCAAUCCUCUCAGGUCUACACAAGUGUGUAGGCUAGGGGUUGAUUUGGGAUGUAGAGAGUCAUCUGGUCAAAUGCCCCUAUGGCUUUUGGACUGAUUGAUGAAUCCCCAUCAUUCUCCUUUUAGUACGCCUCACAUUUUAAUGUCAUUAACAUCAAUCUAUUUGUUUUUUUAAUUGGUUCUUGUUGAAAAAGCAGUGUUCUUUAAAAAAAAUGUUUUAUAAAGCUUUCUAUGGACAUAUCACUGUGGGCUCUGCAACUGUGUGGAAUCCUUAACUGUGUAUUAAUUAAGUUGUUUGUUGUCUGAUUUGGACUGUAGUAAUGUGUUUUGCAAAGCCUUAAUAAGGAAUAUUUUUUGAAGGACUAAAUGUUAUGAAUGAAAUUAUCAUUAUUCCUAUUGAAAGUUUGUGUUUGCAAAUCCAAACUGAAUUGUUUAUUGUUAAAUACUUGGGUAGUCUCAACCGAUGUUGCACAAUUAAUGAGGGCUUCCUGUAACUGACUGAGGGGAAGGUGUAAGAUAACUUUUACGCAAAAUGUUACUACUGCUUUGAGUGAGAUGUAUUCAUUUUUGUUGUUACUAUGGUUUCAUAUUUACAGAAAAAGUCCACCCCUUAAUUGCUUGUUUAAUUCCUUUGAGGUUGGUUUUCUGUCAAGGGAAACUGAUUAUUCUUUGCAGAGAUUAAUAUAAGAAUAUACUUUUUUCUCUACUUAUUCCUAUAAUUUAAUGACUUGAUCAUUAUGUAAUCGUGUGAUGAGCAAAAAAAAACAUUUGAUUUUUUUUUUUUUUUUUAUGAUAUGCAACCUGUAAAUCAAAGUAUUUCUUUUUUUUAAACUGACAAUUGUUUAAAGUCCAAAUGAAGACACCGCAAUGGGCACCAUAACCUACAGCACAUGCAGUUGUGAUGUGACGGAUGUUUUAUAUGCCAGUAUACUCAAUUCCAGACAACCUGUAUCAUACCAGUCAAAGUAAAUAGAAUAUUUUUAACCACACUGUAAUAACAUGGGUAUUUUCAAAGGGACAUCCUAUAGUUGAAGGGAAAGCUAUGUUCAGUUGACUGGUCAUUAAUAACUGAUAACAUUGACUAUAUUCUAAGCAACCUUUUACUGUUAUCUUUAUAUUUGAAUACAUAACAUCUGUUGGUACAUGGAGCUGGGAUACUAGUUCUUUAAAUAAACCUUGCUUUAUUUGGUGUUCAAUCUUUUAAUUUGCAAAGAUUUGCAUAGAACUGCUAAACAGAUUCAUUCCAAUAUAUAAAAUGUUAAAAAUACAAUUGUAUUUCUCAUAAAGUUGAACUAUUCGUCAA